UAUGCCCUCUCUUAUCUGACUGUUCCCUUGGCAGCAUCUCCUCCUGCAGUCUCCCAAGGUUGUUCCCACAUACAUUACACCUGCCCGCUCCUCACCUGCUCCUUGACGUUGGCUUGCAAAAUGCCCUUGGCAUCUAUCUCCAGAUGGCCUUCUUUAGAGAAUCCCUUUUGAAAGAGGGUGAAGAAUUUCUUUUCACAUUUUUACCUGCAAAAAUAUUUCAGUUGGAUCAGUUUCUUAAGGAAGACUCAAUGAACAUUCAAGAUUUGACAACUCUUAAAGCUCCUUUGGAUAUCCCUAUUCCAGACCCCCCACCCAAAGAAGAUGAGAUGGAUACAGAAAAAGAAGAGAAAGAAGCUCCAAAAUGUGGCUAUCUCAAGGGGAAUGAGGUUCUUAUUUCACUUCUGGAUCGUGUUAAGCCUGAAGUUCGGGAGUUUAAAGAGAAAAGCAUUUUGGUCACGACCUGGAUUCAGUUCAUGAUUCCCAAAAUUGAGGAUGGCAAUGAUUUCGGGGUAGCAGUUCAGGAGAAGGUGCUUGAACGUAUUACGGCUCUGAAGACCAAAGCUGAAGCUUUCCAGACAACAAUUGCUAAAUAUUUUCUGGAGCGUGGAGAUGCCGUCGCCAAGGCCUCCAAGGAAACUCACGUGAUGGAUUACCGGUGCUUGGUUCACGAACGUGACGAAGCCAUCUACCGAGAAAUGCAGACCAUGGUGCUUGAUAUCCGUGGAUUUUAUGCUGAGCUGUACCACAUCUUAAGCACAAAUUUGGAGAAACUGACCAACCCCAAGGGCGAAGAGAAGCCAUCCAUGUAUUAACAAGAAAAGGGCACCUAUGGGGCGAGCAGGCAAGGGUUGAUGUUAUGUGGGUCAUGAUAUCCUUGUGCAAAUAACACAAUUCACCAGCAUUUGUGGCGGCCACUCCUUGCAGAGGAGCUCAAUGCGACUUUUCCUUUCUUUUUGGGGGGUGUUUUGCAAACAUAAAAAUCUAGGGUCAGAAUGAGAUCUGAGAAAUUUAGAACCAGGAGAGAGAUUUCUGGGAGAGAUGAAGCAAAUAGUAUGACAAAAUAAAAUGUUUCAAUCUAUUUGGGUUUGCUGUUCUCUGUCUUUUUCUGAGAGGUCCAUCAAACAGCAUUUUGACAGAGCUAGGGGGAAAUCUUUCUGUACCAAAAUUUUUUGUCUAGCCAUUUUUUAAAACAGCGUUGAUGGUAAGACUACCCUGAAAGAUUGUUCUAAUCACAUUAGUAGACGCUAUGUCUGCCUGAGUUCCAUGUAAAAUGUAUUCACCUGUAGUUGACAUCUCUUGAGAAAACAAAGGCUAUGGGGAUGGGUCCACAGCACAGAAGAGAUCAAAGGGAAAUCUCAGUUGAGGUGAUGAAGAACUUGUUGAACAAUCAUUAAUCUCUAAAUGUUAGAUCUCCUUGAAGCAAAAUGUAUAAAAACCCUGAUUUCUUUUAUGUUCAGGGAGCCUCUUUUCAUAGAGGUAUCCCCUUUACUGCUGCGCACCAAUAAAGGAAUUUUGCUCUAAACGG